GGCCCGCCCCGUCGGCGAGCGGCGGGCGCGGGGAGCCGGGCGGCGGCAGAGCUGCGGGGCGCGCCAUGCUGCCCGCCGCCCUCCGCCGCUGGCUGCGCCGGCCCAAGCGCUCCGACCCCCGCCUGCUCGCCCAGUUCUUCUUUGCCGAUGAAAGGGUGACGCGGGUGGUGGCUGAGAUCAACGGGCUGGAUGCCGAGCUGGACCCGCAGCAGUACCUGGUGCUCCUCAACCAGCUCCACCUCAGCCAGGCUCACCUGCUGGCCAUCCUGGAGCAGAUCAUGGAGGAGUGCAUCCCCACGCAGCGGCACAGCCGUGACUACCUUGUCAAGUUCCCCGAAGAACUCUUGGUAGACAACCUGGGGAACCACAUGCUAUUUGCUGCCGAGUGUCUCCUGGCUGGGACCUUCCUGGAGGUAGAGGAGGCGGAUGGGGCGCAGCUGCGCCCCCAGGCCAGGAACCUGCUGUGCAGCCUGGAGCUGGUGCGGACGGUGCUGCGGGAGCAGAGCCUGAGCCAGCCUGGCUCCUACCCGGAGCCUGUCCGGGCUCUGCUUGUCCAGUUUGACCGGCUCUUUGCAGAGUUCGAACUGAGCUACGUGUCCUCGCUGGUGGCAGUGAAGUCUCCCGAGGAGAUCUACAGGCAGCAGGAGAUCAUCGUGCUCUUUUGCGAGACAGUGCAGAGAGCCCUGCACCUGGGCUACCUGACCCAGGAGAUGAUCGAUGGCUAUGAACCCCUGCUGAUGUUCACCAUCCCUCGCCUGGCCAUUAUCAGUGGCCUCCUCAUCUACCCCGAGGGUCCCCUCAGCCUGGAGCGGAGCCCUGAGCAGAUGUCCCGGAUCUUCAGCCCCUUCCACAACCUCCUGAAGAAGAUCAGGGACCUGCUGCGCGUGCUGUCGGCAGAGGAGCUCUGCCUGCUGGAGAGGAGCCUGUGCACAACUGAAUCGGAGGAUCCCUGCACUCCAACCACCCCCCCAGCCUGGGGAGCAGCGGUGCCCAGAGCAGACGCCCCUGCUCCCUGGGGUCUCCUGGAGGUCCCCUGCACCACCCCACAGCCCCUCACCUGCAUGGCGCGGCUGGGACCCCCUGGCAUGGUGGACGACCUGGGCACCAACCGACGCCCCCAGCCCCCUGGAAGCAGCCCGGGGCUCGAUGCCACCCCGGGUGCCUGCUGCUCAGAGCUGCGCUCCCGCUACAGCAGCACCAAGGACAUGCUGCACACCCUCUUCGUCUGCAUCUCGGGGGUGGCCGAUCAGCUCCAGACCAACUUUGCCAGUGACCUGCGGAGCAUCUUGAAAACGGUCUUCAAGAUCGUUGCCUCGCAGGCAGAGCCCUUGGAGGAGCCAAGUGCCAGCCAGGAAGAGGACAGUGACCCGUGUGCAGCAAAUGCUUCUCGCGUGCCCGACUGUCCCCUGUGCUCCAGCCCUGCGGAGGCUGCCGGGCUCCAGAGGGCAGGAGGUGCCCGCUGCCUGCCUGAGUGGGUGCCGGACAGCACAUGCAACCAGUGCUCCACAUGCCACUCGCCCUUCACCCUGCUGCGCCGCAGGCACCACUGCCGCAGCUGUGGGAAGAUCUUCUGUGCCCGCUGCUCGCCACACGCUGCGGCGCUGCCACACUACGGCCAGACAAAACCUGUGCGCGUCUGCACGCACUGCUACGUCAUGCACCUUUCACCCACGCCCCGGCGCACCCAGAGCCAGUGAGAGAACCCCCGUGCCAGAUCUGCAUCCAUGGGAGGCCGCAGACUGGGAGGGGAAAUGGCCGCUCCGGGGCUGCUGGGCAGCUCCACGGCCCCACAAGUCCCCUCGGGGCCGGGCGGGCACGGUGGCAGGACCGACCACGCAUGGCGGUAGGACCACAUGCACAGCAUCAGCCCCACAUCAGUGGGGCCAGGGCUGCAGUGGGUGCAGGACCGCUUCACCCGGUGUGCCGCGGCCGAGCCCCGGUCCCAGUGGGUGAGCUAUGUGCAGCUGCUGCCGCGUGCCUGCCCCUCGCCUGGAAAUGUGCUUCGUGGUGGUUUUUUUUUUAGGUGAACUUUGGCUGCUGUGGGGCCCGGGGCAGAGUCUCCCCCCGCGGCCUGGCCUGAGACGGUGCAAACAGCCCUCACAUGACAGCGGGUGCCCCGGGGCCGUGCUGUACCGUGCCGUGCCGUGCCCAGAGGGUGGCCCUCACCCACGGGGCCCGGCGCUCCCCUCCCCAUCGCGUCUGCCCGAUGGAUUUUAAUAAAGACAUAAACUCGC